CGCUUCUGUCUCUGGAACCAGCUGCUUGCUGUGUCUUGGGUUGACCAUGAGGGGAUUUUGUUCAGCCUGUAGUUCCCCAGACAGGAAAACGCCGUUUCUGUUCAGAGGUCUGCGUGUUUCCAGCUAAAACAGAUCAAUACUGCAGCCAAAUUUCACCCACGCUGCUACCGUUGGGCCAUUUUGAGCCACAAGAAGAAAACCUACAGGCAGCGGUUGAUUGACGGAGGCCAUGUCUCGCCCUGGGUUCUGCCUGCUGGUCUGCGUCGCUCUGUGGUCGACAUCCGUCAUCAGCCUCUCAGUGUUCUCCGACGCUCCGAAGGCCCACAUGCUGCUCCGGUCCCGCCGGGCCAACAGCUUCCUGGAGGAGCUGAAGCCCCCGAACAUGGAGCGAGAAUGUGUGGAGGAGAUGUGCAGCUUUGAAGAAGCCAGAGAGAUUUUCCAGACCCGGGAGGCUACACUGGAGUUCUGGACCGUGUACUCUGAUGGAAACCAGUGUCAGUCCAACGUGUGCGUUCAUGGAGAGUGUGUGGACCAGUACCAAGACUACAAGUGCCUCUGUCACCCUGGAUAUGAGGGCAAAUACUGCCAAUACAAUUCAACAGCCACAAACUGCACCAUGGAAAACGGCUACUGUGACCACGAGUGCACGGAGAGCGAGGACGGCCAGAGGAGAACCUGCAGCUGUUUGAAAGGAUACAACCUGGAAAACGACUCCAGGAAAUGUAGCCCGAAAAGUACCUCAUCCUGUGGUCAGAUUCUGAUCAACAGGUCGGAGUACAGCGAGCCUGUGGACGGACUGCUGCCAUGGGCGGUCGGGGGGGAAGUGGGCAAAAAGGGGGAGAGUCCCUGGCAGGUGCUGGUAUUGAACGCAAGGGGAGCUUUUCACUGUGGAGGAGUCCUGAUAGAUGAAAACUGGGUUCUGACGGCCGCCCACUGCCUCGAAAACAACUACAAGUUCAGCGUACGACUGGGUGACUAUGAGCGCAUGAGGAAUGAAGGGACAGAGGUGCUGCUUAGGGUCAGCGAGACCUUCAAACAUCCCAAAUACAACAGCAUGACGGUGGACAACGACAUCGCCCUGCUGCGGCUGCAGUCGCCUGCUCCUUUCUCCAAAUACAUCGUCCCCAUCUGCUUACCUGGGCGCUCCAUGGCCGAGAGGGUGCUCCACCUCAACGGCACCACCACUGUGGUGACGGGCUGGGGUAAAGAUGACACCGGGAAGCAUAGCUCGGCGCUGAACGUCAUAAAAGUCCCGCUGAUUAAUCACACCUUCUGCAGCGAGCUGAUGUUGCCCCACGAACUUUCCAACAACGUCCUGUGCGCCGGCAUCCUGGGCCAGAGCGUCGACGCCUGCGAGGGGGACAGCGGCGGGCCGAUGGUCACUUUGUACCGGGACACCUGGUUCCUGGUCGGCCUGGUGUCCUGGGGCGAGGGCUGCGGCAGGAAGGAUAAGUUGGGCAUCUACACCAAAGUGUCCAACUACAACGAGUGGAUCGGCCAAGUGCGGGAAGAAUGGGACAGAAAACAUCACCCUCAACAACACCGACCCGCACCUUAAGCAAACCAUCCCGCCAAACCCAGAGGAACAAGUCGGUGCAUCGAUGAUGAUGUUAAAGAUUUUGUUAAAUAAACACGUCAACUCUAAA